CAGAGUGCAGUGCGCUGGCGAUGUGACUUUAUCUGUAGAUUCGUUACGAAGGAAAAAUAACAGACGUAUUCUAGAAAAGUUCUUCUAAAGUUAGCAUGUAUAUUGAUGCCAGUGUCACUUAGAGCGGAAAAAUCACGAAGUUGUUGUUAAACGUUGUUUUUUAAUAAGUUUGAUCGAGUUCAGUCUUGCGCAUAGUAAUCGGUCUGUGUUCCGAACGCGAGCAGCGCUUUGAAAGAAAGUAAAUUUAUAAACGGAGAUGGGAAUGGUGUAUUAUUAUAGAAGUACCACGGUGAACUGAUUGUUUUUUUAGUACUGUUGAGAUUGGGGUUUAAUUAACGUCAAGCACAUUAACGAUGUUUUUCGAAUUCAACAAGUUUCUGGCUACCGGAACCGCGAAGGAUUUUCUCUUGAUAUCCUCCAAGGGGUCCAGCAGCCAUAAUUUUGUCAUUUCGCAUCUUCUGGUAAACGCUGCUCGAAACCGUAAAAAGGUUCAGCUGAUAUGCAGCGGAGAGAGCUUUCAAUUCUACUUGGUUGUAUGCAAACGUGCCGGGGUGUGUCUUCAAGAUAUGCAAUCGUCAGGCAAUUUGCGUGCCACUUGCCUCGUCUCGGCUUGGAAAGACCAAAUCUCAGCUGGACACUUCCCAACAGUACCAGACAUCAUCACAAACGAUGUUAAUUCAGAUGAAGAUCUCCUGAUAAUCGAUGACUUGGGACCCUUAAUAGACUUUGCGACAUUAUCGGAAGUUAUACGAAUGAUGCACUCGUUGAAAUCAUUAGUGCCGGGCAUGCUUGCUGUGGGGAUGCGGGCAGACGAUAGCGGAUCAGAGCAUGUGAUGAAGCUUGUUCGAACAAUGUGCUCCAUGUGGGUGGAAGCGCACCCUUUAAGCACAGGUUAUUCGAAAGAGGUCCAUGGCGUACUUGAGAUGGUGUCGUUCAAACCGGAUCAAGGUGGCACCACGCACAAGACGAUGCAUUAUAGAGCAACGGAAAGAGGUACCAAACUUCUUGUAAUAGGGGGACAUGUCGCAGCAGUUAUUUAGUAAAGCAUACAUUUAACUACAAACAAAAAGCAAGUUGACGUAGCUUUAUUUUAGGUACGUAUUCUUUGCAUAUUUUUUUUUGCAUAAUGUUAACCAGGCGUGAAAAAACUCCGCGUUAGUAUCACAGUAGUAACGCAUGUGUUCAUUGAACUUAUGAACACGUGAAAUGGUCUAGGCUUGAAAUCGGACGUAGACUUAUUUCGAUUCGGAUUCGGAGCGGCCAUUUGUAGCAAUGCUUAACCAAACGUCAAGACAAACGCGUUUUGUUUAUAGAUAUAUCAAACAAGAGCUAGAAAAAAUUGACAAAAAGAAGCAUAUUUAAAUGAAAAAAAAAUGUAACAUUUUUUUUUUAAUUUUGUACAUCUAUUUAUUAUAUAAAUGUUUUUAUAAUAUCGAGCCUUUUCGCAUUUUGUCGUCUAGGGUGACUCUGGAGACAGAGCGUCAUUGAUGGAGACUUUUUGAGCAUUUUUUACGACUUUCGUGGCGUCCAGUUUUUUUACAGGUUUUCGCGCGGUAUUAAUUUCGUUCUGCGAUGUAUCAGAGCCUCCUGUAAUGAAAAACUUUGAUAUUACAAAAUUGCGUAAUCAGCGUGUAUGCGGUUUAUGAAAAAUACAAAAAAUGUUUUCAAUUUGGAGAGGAAAAUAUUUGCUGCCUAUCGAAUCGUAUAUAUAUAAAUAUGAGCUUCAGUGAUUAGUGUUAUUACGUUUAUUUCAAUGUUUAAAUAUUUGUUGUUUUUUUGCUGUUUUGGAGCUUUGUAUUUUUAGAAGAGGUUUUAACCUGCUAUCAGUCCAGAAGUUUGUUCUGCUUGAUUUUUUGUAUAUAUGCGUACUUGACCGACGAUUGCUAUAUUUGCCAAUACUUCUGGAUACACGACUACUAUUAAAAAGUUAUUUACGUAUUUGAGAAGCAAUAUUUCAGAGGGGUUUAGUGAGUGGCUAACUCCUGGAACUAUAAACGGAAUAGAGGUGAACGGACGUUACAUUUAAUAAGCGUCACUGUCAAAAACUACGUCUUUAGUAUAUUGUAAGCCUUUCGUUAAAAAGUCUGUGUGCGUUUUUAAUUGCAGUGUUGGAGAUAACUCUUAGGAAAAAGUCGUCUGAGUUGAAUUUCAUAGCAUCUAUGUCUCUCUCCCCAUCUCUCUCUAAAUAUAUAUAUAUAUAAACACAUGGGGUACCUCAUUUAUUUGAACACUUUUCUUGACUUUACCGGACAUUCCUAAAGCAAAAUGUGUGCGUUCUUUUGACAAUCACCCACAAUAAAGUUACAGAACCAGCAGCAGAAAUUUAGGUAGCAGCUACGGCAUUAGCAAUGCCGGCUUCGAAAAAUAGGGACUCUUCAGGAUCAACGCACGUACCUCUGCUUGACAACAUCUACCGGUUGUGCAAUCAGCGUUCAUCAGAUUCCUAUUAUUUGAUAUGUCUAUUCGUUGCUAAGUCACCGUCAGCUUCGUUCGACCCUUCAACACCAGCAAUAUCACUAAUAGCGUUAAGCAACUAAAUUGAAUGACACCAGUUGUGGUGACACAACACAAUUGUUGAUAAUACUGUUGCUACCCAACCUAUACUUUCAAGCUUAAUAUAUGCCUGAAAAUCAUCCAGAUAUUAUUCUGAUGGGCGGUUCAUCACGGCUACACUAUACUAUAGAGCCACAACCCAUCGCGAGAUAUAUCAGCUCAAUACCGACGCCCCAUAAACGCAACGCCAACACAGUCAUAGCCUUCCGAUCUAACUUUGGCCAAAUAUUUGACCUUGAUGCACGUAGUCAGUUACGUGAAGUACGUCAAUUCAAGAAAUGGUUAUGGGACAGCGGGAAAUCUAAUAAAAAUCCUAAAACUCCACAUAGCAUCAUGUAUACCAUAUACAAGACAACGCACACAGUAGCGGUGAUUUCUAAUUCAAGCUAGUUCUAGGGCACAUCUGUGAGCAAUCGAAAUCGAUAGUAGAAUAAAAUUUGACGGUCGAAUAGUUUUUGUACAAAUCCGCUCAUAAAUAUCGGACCUCGCAUCCAGUUGUUUGCCGGACAUCUUAAUCAUGUAAAGUUUACGAUGGUGAUUUCUGCCCUAAUAAAUGUCCCGCACCAUUAGUAAUUAAGCAAUAUAUGUAAAUAUACUACUUUAUACUUUGACUUACACGAAGCUGACCUUGAAGAGAUCGCCAUUUGAUCUAUUUCAAGUAAUCAUCUGCUAUCGCUAUUAUUGUCGUGAGGUGCGGUGUAUUAGAAUAAAUGAAAUCAGUAGGAAAAGGGCUAUGUAUUAGCACAAAAACAUAGUGUCUCCUACCUACAGAUUUCCCUGAACUGCGUAAAGAACUGAGAAUGAAAUACGGCAUUUCUUGAGAAACAUUUGGUCGCCCAUUAGAGCAUAGUAGACUGCAUAUGAUGAUGUCUUGAUGAAGCUCACCAGACCUCCACUGUAUAUUUUGAAGAUCAGAAUCUACACUUCGAUUCGUACCUCGAAAAACCUCGGGAAUAUUGUUUCUAGGCUUUUGCUAUAAUCUCAACAGGUUUGAUUCACGAAUAUCAAUAACAUGUUCAUAGUAAAAUGAUUACCAAAAGCGCGUCCUAGUCUAUGAAACGUUAUGUUUCUGUAUGUAUGAAAUCUGCGUUUUUGUUGAGCAGAAACCUGAUUUUGAUUUUAAGAGCUAUUGCCAUUUGCAAUGCUAUUGGCAUCAAGCGAGUCCGCAUCCGAAACUGAUUGGUUUCCAAUCGGAAAGCUGAUGCUAGCACUAUGAACACCCGAAGAAUUUGUCGAUCAGUUUGGAUAGUUAGAUGAUGACAUGCCGAAGGCUGACAUAUCAAAUUGUUGAACUGUGAACGGCCGAGAAAAUCUUAUCAGUGUGUAUACCGAUUUGUCGCAAAAUUACAUGAUUAUUACAAUACAGUAAACUACUUUGCUAGCGGCAGGCGACUCAGGAUUUUAAGGUCUUCGUUAAAAAUCCGGGGAUGCUCAUAAAGCUCGAUGAAGUUCGGUACCAACGGUUUUUGUAUAAAGUUAUAAUGACUUUGUAUUAAAGUAAAAGCGAAUACGCACAAAAGCAUUCCUGGAGCGUUCCCGCACGUAGCAUAGGUUCUCAGUCCUAACCCUCAAUACGCACACCUAAGAGGUAUGAGGUAUGUGCUUGGGAACUUUAGGAACAAAAUGUUAAAUCUCCAAACGACUUCUGAGAACAGCGUUAGGUUAAUAUGGAUGCAUAUUUAUGUGGGCUAAUGAAAUUUAUAAGCAAGUUCUGGACACUGUUUCUUUUCAAUUUAACCAAAGUAAGUAAGCGACAUAAGUGACAAGGAAUUUGAAGAACAUUAUUAAGUUUAGCGAUAACUCUAGAGGAAAUAAUCGUACGUGUUAGUGAGGCGUUGUAAACAGCCGUCGGCUUUGUUGAAUCUAGUACAUUAAUAAAUACGUACGGUCAGUAAAUGCUUCUCUGCGCAGGUUAAGUAUUUUUAUGAAACGAACACUUAAUUUAUAAAAAGUUUUCGUUUACCGAAUGUGAUACGGCGUUACGAACGCCCUAUCUGUUUAAGUAGUUAGUGUGACUUCACUGCGUGUUAUUAUGAUCAUUGUACAUGUUCCCUUCCCACAGAUUUUCUGCACUGAUUUCAUUUAUGUUAUUUUCGAAAAUGGUUCAGACGUUUUCUGGUGUAAAUCGACUAUUCCCGCUUUUUGCUACUUUUAUUGUACAAAACUCUUACUUUUUGAAAUAAAUACUUUCAAUAAAUCGCAGAUAACUCAAAUUACGAACGAAUAACGCUUAUGCGAACAUGUGAAUCGAAUAUAUCGAAUAUGUAUAUAUAUGUAUAGGAAAUCGUAAAUACGACAUAGAGAAUUCAUAGAGUAAUCAAUAGAUCUUUA